UAUAAAAAGCAUCUUUUAAAUCAGACCAGCCACAGUCAGUCGCGUCUUCACAUCGCAAAAAGUCACCAUGAGCCAAAUCGUAUUCGUUGCCCUUUUUGCCUGCUUGGCCAUUGCAAAUGCAGGCACAAUCUUAGCUGGUAGCUCAGCUAAAAUCAUCCAAGGGCCGAGCACAAGGACCACUGUAGUUGGUCCUGAUGGCAGCUCCAUCUCGUCCUCCUCUCCCGGAGGCUCCAUCAUUCAAGAAGACAUUCCCGGAGUUGUGGCUGAAACUGCCCCGGUGAUUGCAGCCGCUCCUGCUGUAGCCUACUCCGCGCCAAUCGCUUACUCCGCACCAGCUACUCAAAUAGCCUACUCAGCUGCAGCUGCUCCCAUCGCCUACUCCGCUGCGGCUGCACCGCUGGCCUACACCGCUGCAGCUGCUCCAUUAGCCUACUCCGCUGGAGCUCCUUACGUGGCAGCCUAUUCAGCUCCAUUAGCCUACCAGGCACCUCUUGCCUACUCUGCUGGCCCUUUGGCUUAUUCGGCUGGACUUGUAGCUGAGAAGCAAUUGGACACCGUUGUAGCUGGACCAUCUGGAACUAUCGCCACCAGCAAAACUGUGAACCGUCCAGCUUUGUUGGCUUCCCCACAAGUUUAUGCUGCUGGAGUUCCAGCCUACUAUCUCUAAGAUGCCUGAUCCAUGCUGCCUUAUUUAUUGAAUAGCGUAAAAAACCGAAAUACAUUUGCAAAAAAUCGCAAUAAGAACAUA